ACGCGGUGACGUAGUUAGCCGCCGCCUGUUGGUCUUUCACAGUUGGUGACGAGUGUUGUGAAAAUGGCCUCGACGCUGCCCGUUGCCGCGACUAACCGGACAAGAUGACGGCUUUUAAGCGUUUUAAGUCGGUCGAACAACAAAGCGUCGUCUCUAAACACGUAGAUAACAAAGUAGUGAACUAAAACAAACAGUUUGCGGGGCGGAAAAACGACCUGAAAACACCGCGGAGCAGCAUAUAUUUCCGCGGAGCUCCUCCUCCGAGAAGCCGCCUCGGAGCCGCUAUGGAGGACAUCAACUCCAACAUCAACGCGGACCUGGAGGUGCGGAAGCUGCAGGACUUGGUGAAGAAGCUGGAACAACAGAACGAGCAGCUCAGGAGUCGGUCCACGAUGUUGUCCUCGUCUGGAGGGAUGAUGUCAGGCCACCACAGACCGCUCAGCGACGGAUACGACCCGUCCUCGCUGCUGACAGCCGGCUUCAGCGGGGUGGGGUUCGGCGGGAUGCUGGAGAACAGCCGCUGUCUGAGCUCCAGUCUGAGCCCCAGACUCUCCUACGACGGCAUCAGCUUCAGGAGGGCGUACGAGUACGAGGGGGCUUCUUCAUCACCAUCGUCAUCAUCUGCUGCUGCUGCUGCUGCCAAUGUGUCCAGCAUGAACUCACUUUACUCAGGCAGCAUCGGGGCUUUCACAGACGAAGGAGAGACAAGCAUCCUGGAUGAGGUGGAGAUCUUAGACCUGGAGGACAUGGACUGUCUAAACGAGGACGAGGACAGCUGGUUAUAUGAGGCGAAACUGGACAGUCCGCUGCAGAAAGCCUUGAGUCCUAUUGUGUGGUGCCGCCAAGCUCUUGACAACCCCAGUCCUGAGAUGGAGUCAGCCAAGCGCUCCCUCAUCCACAGACUGGACCUCACCAUGUCAGCCAACAAACGCCGGAGCCUGUAUGGAAGCCCCUACAACCAGCAGAGUUACGGAAGCCCGUAUAGCACAAACGCAGCCAACAGCCCGUACAGCAGCGGCUUCAACUCCCCCUCCUCCACCCCCAGCAAAGUGCCCAUCGUCAGGCAGCAACUGAUGCCUGGGAAUGCAGCACACCAACGAAAUGCAGCAGCAGAGAGGAAUCCUCCGGCGGUGAGCCCGCAGUCAUCGGUGGACAGCGAGCUGAGCACCUCAGAAAUGGACGAGGACUCGGUGGGCUCCUCAAACACCUAUAAACUCAACGAUGUCACUGACGUCCAGAUACUGGCACGCAUGCAGGAAGAGAGUUUGAGACAAGAUUACGCCGCGACAGCAUCCAGACGGAGCUCAGGUUCGUCCUGCCACUCGCUGCGGCGCAGCACCUUCAGCGACCAGGAGCUGGAUGCACACAGUCUGGAGGACGAAGAGGAGGCGGUGCACCCGGCCUUCCACCUGCCCUCCAGCCGCUUCAGCCCCUCCCCUCGUCACUCUCCCCGCGCCUCCCCCAGGAACUCGCCCCGCUCUCGCUCCCCUGCCCGCUCCAUUGACUACAGCCACAGCCGCGGCUCGCCUCAGCCCAUCAUCAGCCGCCUGCAGCAGCCUCGCCACUCGCUGCAGGGUCACGGGCACGACAUGCAGACCAAUGUGGUGAAGAACGAAGAAAAGCUGCGUCGUAGUCUUCCCAACCUCACGCGCUCCUCGGCGGCGACGGCCCAGGUUCCAGAGCCCGUCAAGAACAGCCGCAGCUGCGAGUCCAACCUGCAAGUGCCAAACGGAGGCUCUCCUCGACACCAGUCGAACCAGUCUGCUACAGAAGCUCAACUCCCGAGAUACUCGACCCCUUCUCGCUCCUCCCCGAAACCCAAACAACACCUCCAGAGGCCAACUGCCCUGCGAGUCCCACUCUCCUGUUGCUUUGGAGAAGAAGGUGAUUUCAUCCCCUCUCCCAGUAAGCUGCGGACUCCAGUCACCCCGUCCCCGCUGGCCUUGAGGCAACCGGUAAAGGCCACAUCCAACCCUGGUUCUGCCACCUCCACGCCAACCCGCUCCCUGGCUCCUCCUCGCAGCGGCCUGCCCCGUCCCAGUGCUGCUGCUGCAGGAGGAGGAGGAGGAGGAGGAGGAGGGGGGAUCCCUCUGCCUCGCAGCAAACUGGCCCAACCUGUGCGCAGAUCUCUUCCUGCUCCUCGGACCUACGGCGGUGACAACUGGAGGGAAGGUUGUUACUGAGGCGGUCCAGCAGAGGGCUCUCCAGUCCAACUAUCAACACAAGGAGGCAGACAUUACAACAUGGCACUUUAUCUACCUAGAUACCUUUUACAGUGAAGAGAGAGACUAUGUCCCAAAAGUAUAUACAAGUCAGAAUUAAAAAAAAAAGGAGAGGACAGUGUCCACAUGGCCUCAGAGAGGACCUCCCAUCGUGUUCCUCUGUGGGGUCUGGCUCUGGAGGGGUCAGGCAUGUAGUGCAGACAGGCCCAGAAAAUGCCAAAGAAACCGGCCCGACUCCAGCUCCGCCAGCAGAGGACACACAUCACCUGCCUUGGUUUGACUGCAAUCAUCUGUCAGACUGUCCGUAUCACUUCAUUAUACCCAGCUUUCGUCCCACUCCUCUCCUCUCCCCCGUUCUUCUUCUUCUUUCUCCUCCCUCAGGUUGAAAUGUUUCCACGCAUUUCUCUCUUUAUGCUCUGUGUUUAACAGAUGUCGGUGAGCGAUCUCUAUGAUGAUGCUGUGCAGGUGAAAUGUCCCGUAAUGUUAGAGAAUUGUUGAUUGUCUUGCAACAGUGAAAGCACCUCUGUGUGGGGUAGGACAUUUAAAGAUUUUUUUUUUUUAUCCUCUCGUCAAAUCAGCCGGAAUGUAUGCACAAGUUUUGUUUUGGAAAUUAUUUAUUCAAAUUAUUUAAGAAAGAAAUGUAUGUCCAAACUUCCAUAUCAGUAUUUUGUUUUUAAGAUUUCAAUUGUUAAAAAAAAAAAAAUGUACAUUUUGAACCUCAACUGCAAGCUAACUCUCCAAAGCCUUUUUUUUUGUUUUUAAAGUGUCAAAUCAGAGGCCUGUACUAGGAAGCGAGUUCAACAUACCCAGGGUAUGUCCUCAUUAUCUGGUUUAAUUAACCUUAACAACCACGAUCAUGCUAAGCGGUCCUACGACGGUGGUUAUCAACUCGGUAAGUCAACCCAGAGUUUCUCAAUCUGGCACAUAAAAGGGGCGGUGUUUGCAGCAUCUGACCAAUCACAGACAUGGACAAGUCUACUGUUUGUUUGUAAUAUUUUACAAACCAAGAGCAAACUAUAAUAUUAGACAAAUACGAAGAAGUUAAACACAUAAUCCAGACUAAAAGUAACACAGUUGAAGCUGCCCAAUGCAGGAAGGACGGCUGGCAAAAGAAUAAAUUUAUAAAUUUAACGGAACAUUGAAAAGUCAGAUAUAUUUGUCUAGAUGGGGCAGUGAUAUAUAAAUAGCUUUCAAAAUAGAAUAGUUGAAUAAACUGCAUUUAUUACAUUACGGCAUUUAACACAGUUGAAUGCCAUAAUGUUCAGCUGCGACUCAGGCGGUUUGAAACGGACUUGAGAGCAAGUAAAAGAAUAAAUAUAAAAACAUAAUUCAAAGCGGUAAACACCCACAGCAUAAAUCCAGCUAUCCUUUCUGCAUUUGUCAGUUUAAACUGUGUUGUUUUUAGUCUGGAUUAUGGCCAUAACUUCUUCGUAUGUGUGUAAUAUUAUCAUACGAUCCACGCACCGAGCUAUGGCAGUGCUUUCAUACAAGUUAAUCUGUUGUCUGGAGCAUAACCUGCUCCGGAGCAGGACUGAAAACCCUGAAGGGUUAAACCUGAAGUUAAAUCGCUAACACCUAAAUCCUGCUUCGUAGUCCAGGCCUCUGGACUUGUGAGAAACCCGGGUGGUUAAUUGACGCCUUGGCCAAAGCCUCAGCUCUGAAUUGUACCGCAGUUUGCCAAGAAUGAGCCUCAUUCACCAACAUCUUCCUAAGAUUGUUCUUGAGAAAAGGUCCUAAGAUUCAUGACACGUCCUUAAACCGCAGAAUUAUUCGUACCCGUGUUCUUAAAAUGACCUCGGCCCCCAUUAAGUAAACGCCCUGCCAAUCCAGCAGGGCCGAGUGCACACAGGGUUAUACAAAAAUAAGCAGUGAAAAAUAUUUUUACUACGUUCACACUAAAUAAAAACUAUCUUUUAAGAAAAACUAAAAACAAUAUUGCCUGGUUAAAAAGA